UAUAAACCUCUUCCCUCUCCAAUAUCAACCACAAUCAAUCUUUAAUUUUCAUCUUUUUAAAUUUUCUUAGAGUGCCAAGGAAGGGUCAAUAAUCUUGAUUUUGAAUUUUUUUGAUAAUGGCAAUGUCUAGAAUUGUUGUUGGAUUAGCCAUCUUUGUUGUGGCAUUGGUCACUAUUAUUCCCUUUACACAAGCUCAAGAGUUUGCACCUGCUCCUGCACCUACUAGUGAUGGAACAACAAUUGAUCAAGGAAUUGCAUAUGUGUUGAUGUUGCUGGCUUUAGUUCUUACCUAUCUUAUUCACCCAAUGGAUGCUUCUGCAUACACCUUCUUCUAAAUUCCUCUCUAAAAUAUUAUCUUAAAUUAGGUCUAAAUUUAAUUAUUUAUUUUAUCUUUUAGUUUACAAACAUGGGUUGUAUUAACAAAUUCUUUAAUGCAUUAUUGGUAAUUGACGUGAAAUUAUAUAUUUAUAUAUAUUGUGUUUGUGUUGCUCCUUCA